AUGACUUCCAAAGAGCAGCGCAAGCAAUGGGAAGCUGAGCAGAAGACUUUGGCUGCACUCAGGGUCCAAGAAGACCUCCUGGAUUGGUCUUGCAGUGAAGAUGGUUUUCCUGACCUGCACCGUGUCGCUGGCGUGGAUGUCUCCUUCUUCGCAGAUGGGACCUAUGCCAUUGCAACUGUGGUUGUGUUGAGCUUUCCACAGUUGAAGGUCUUGUGGGAGCGCAGUGCCGCUUUCCGGCUGAGCGUUCCCUAUGUACCUGGCUUUCUGGCCUUUCGGGAGGUCCCAGCCUUAGCUCAGCUCAUGGACUCCGUGCCAUGCGCCUUGAAGCCCCAAGUGGUCCUUGUGGACGGGAACGGCGCCUUCCACCCACGCGGCUGUGGCGCGGCCACCCAUCUGGGCAUCACCGUGGAUUUGCCCACCAUCGGUGUAGCCAAGGAUGUGCUUAAGGUUGGGGAGGUGAACUCCUCCUUGGCGCGGCGAGUGAGCCUGACCUUGGCGCCGGGCCAGUGGGCGUCACUCUGCGAGGUGGCGGCGCUCUUCCGGCCCAGGACCGACCCAGCAGGGAUGGGCAAGCCGUUGGUGGUGAGCCCUGGGCAUCGCAUCUCCCUGGAGACCGCUCUGCAGCUCACUCGGGCGAUCUGCGGAACGUCUGCUCCAGAGCCAGUUCGUCAGGCAGAUUUGCGGAGUCGCCGCGCUGUGAAAGCUUGGCAUGCGGGGCAGGAGGCGACCAGGGUGGAGUAUUUGUCCAAUCCGCGGCUUCGACACCUGGAACGGGUGCAGGCGGUGCAGGAGUUGGCGGAGCAGGGAGAGUGGUGGAAGAGGACACAAGGAGACCGAUGCGGCCGCUCUGAGUUCGUCGGAGCGGAGUUCGCGGUCGUUGGUGAUGCUUGUGACAUGUCGGCCUUUAACUUGCAGCUCGAGGUGAAGCAGGGCAGCCCAGUGCAAAUCGGUCAAGAUGUGCAGGUGACCUUUGGAGAUGCCGAGAUCUUUGUCGUGAACACUUUCCUCCAUGUGGGAGAGGUCACGGAGAAGAUGGAGGUCCACAGUAGUAUCUCUGAACCGUUGCCCUGUUCCCAUGAAGAGCUGGAUGAGGAGGUUCUUCCAGUGGCCUCUUGGAAGACCUAUGACUCGUAUGACGACUCAGAGCCCUUGGUGCAUAAGGUGUCCACCUUGGAGUUCUUCGAGAAGAUCAAUGCCUACAACACCAUCGAUGACACGCCAAUUUCCACCUACGACUUCUUCGAGGAUGAGCCGAUGUUCGCCGACCCGCCUCAAGGAAACGUCGAGGCAGCUCGAGAAAGGGCCAACACCUUCGACCCCUUCGAGGACUCGCCCCGAGGUAUGGCUUGGGCAGAGCCACUGGCGCCGCCAGUGGGAAAGCUUUGCACCUAUGAUCCAUUUGAGGAUUCUGAGAUUCCCUGUGGCUGCCCAGAGCUCCUCUCAGUGCCACCUUGCCAUCAGCCUGAGAAGGCCGACACUUGCUGA